ACUACAAGUGGUGCCGUUACGUAUGACACAACAACUCCAACCGUUUUUGUAUCUAGCACCAUGCAUUCGGAAAAGCUUUCUAACACUCUUACUUCAAGCUCUGACGCUGUGAUUCCAACUAUAACGUUUGGUAGCACUUCGGGCGCUGGUGCUCAAUCCUCACAUAAAUGGCUGCCAUUGUGGGCUUAUGUAAUCAUUGCGGUGGCAGGUUUGAUUUCGUUGUUCGUAAUUGUUCUAUUGUUGAUUUGGAAAUUUGUUAUAAAACAUCAGCUGAAAGCAAAGCAAGCAGCAAGAACAAACCGAAGUCCAUCAAAAGACAGACCAAUGACAGAAUCAAUUUCAACUCGUUUCAAUGCAACCGUCAUAAACAAAUGCGUUGAUGAAAAUCAAGCUCAGCACGACGUCAGCAUGCUAGAGUCGGUUUCAAUCAUUGAUAAUCCAGCGUAUGAGUCAGCAAUGUAACUUAGAAAUUAUAACUAUUAUCUGCAUGCAGCUGGCAAUCUGUGACGCGAUGAAUUGACAAACGUGGCUCAAUGUCAACAAUGUAAAGUCAAAUUGAAAUAAUUCAAGUAUUCGUUGUA